CUGGCCUGGCUCCCGAGUACCCUGGGAUGGGGUGAGACAGACUAGGGAACCUGGAGGGAAGCGUUCACCCCACGUGAUCCUCUGCUUUCCCGCGUGUCCCGUGCUGCCCCCUCGCUGUGCUAGACAGGUCCCCCACACCCCUGGAGCUCCUGCCCUUUCUUCUCCCUCCUGUAUGCAGCCCCCUCUCUCAGGGCUCCCUCGGCCAUCCUCCCUUCUCCUGCCUUUCGGUGCUAACUGCAUUCUGCUAAGCUGAGGCCAGAGGGUGCUGUUGAAUAUUGAUAUUGAGACUGGGGAGGAGGGUCGAGAAGGAAGCAGACGUCUGCUGUAGCUUUGAUGGUGCAACUGGUCCCUGCGCACCCUCUUCACGAACUCCCCCGCACCCCCCUGCAGCUGCACUGUGGCUGGAUCUGAGCACAGAGACUACCCAGCCCCCGGCCAGACACUGAUCUCCCAUGGCCUGCCCCACUCCUGGGUUAGCUGGGACUUCUCUCCAUUUCCAUUUUCUCAGAGUGCGUGCUUGAGGAACAAGAUUUAAAGAGCCUCUGCUUUGGAAGGGCUGAGGGCCUGUGGUGGAACGGGAAUCGUGUCAAGCAUUAGGACCACGGCGGGGACGCUUGCACGUGCUCUUGCUGGCGUGGGGACGGUUUGGGACUGGCUGGAAGUGUCUGUGCGCAGGGACCCAGGCUGAGGCAGAGCGUGGCGUCGGUGGGUUGGGCUGCAUGGUCAAGCUGUCCUCGUGUCUGAAUAGAGAAGAAGGUACCGUGUUCUUUACCAGUCGUGGGAUUGCCGUCUCCAUGGUUUCAGGGCAUCUGAAUGUUUGGUGUGGUUUUGUGGGUGCGUGCGUGUGUGUUUUAAAUAUUAAAGUGGAUAAUGAGGUGUUAAGAAAACAAUAAUAGUGAUUUAUAUUCAAACCUGUAUGUGUUUCUUUAUCAACAUAAUCUGUUGAGGACCUUCAUUUUUAAGAUUCAGAAGUGUUCUAAGGUUCAGACACCCAAUUAAUUAAGUGAACAAAAUUGUUGAUGGCGGUGAAACACCGUAGGGAAUGCGGUUCGGAGAGAAGAGGAGGGUGAGGGCGAGUUAUCCUGAUCUUAGUGUGUAGUGUAGGCUUAUUUAAUGGACGGGCUCCCUGCCAGUCUCAGUGGGCGCCUCAAGCUCUGUGGAUUAUUUUUCCUGUUUUGCCUUUUUUUUUUAAAUCCGUGCUAUCCCAGAGGAAAACCAGUGAAUUACUCCUAGAUCGGCUCUUAUAGAGCGGCCAUCGUAUUCUGUCAAAACACUUGCUUCCAUUUUCAAAGAUAAAAAAAAAAAAUCAUUGGUUACCAAACGGUGUCCGUGUUUAUUUCGCACGCCACUGUCUGUGAGGCAGCACACGGCUUGCUGCCUGACCCAGCGUCUCUGACUCGGUGGAACCACCCUCUCAGGGGGUAAGUACGGGGCACAUGUGGGUGGGCCCCAGGUUCCGCAGAUGGAGUGGGGUCUGUCCUGCCUCCAGCCUCUGCCAGGGGCGGAUCUGGGGCAGAUAGCCUAGUUUGGAUGAGCCCCGAAUUGUGAAGGAGGGACGAGACUUGCGUAGAGUUCAAGUGAGAGGAAUAGCCACGUCUGGCCACCCAAGGAGCCCACUGCAGGGCCACCAUGGGUCCCACGACAAGCUGAUUCCCUGGGAAUGGGGGCCUUGGAAAGCAGCUCUUUCUUCAGUAGGAAGCCCAGUACUCCUGGCUUAGCUGUGCUUUUUAUUCCAGCAGAAGGUUUUCAAGGUCACUUGAAUUUCUUGGCCCUCUCUCCUCUUCCCUUUUUGCACUGAAACAUUGUCCCAUGACAUCUCAGUGAUGGUAGCAAAGAAUUUCCCUCCAUUUGGUUUUUCUAAAUGUCACUAUGAUGACUACUUGGCACAAAGCCUCCCGUCCUCAAACACCCUCUUCCUGAAGUUGCUGUAGUCUGUGAGGAGAACGGCGGCCAGGGUCGUUGUCAGCCCUUCUGUGGUUGCAGGAAGUGGAAGUCGGCUGCUUCCGUCUGCAGCCCCUCGGUGCCCCCAGUCAGGGGGCAGAUGCGUGGUGUGGGGCGUUUACGACCGACUGGUUUCUCACCUUGGCCGCCUUGCUCCUUUGCCAGAAGACCCAGGGUUACCACAUUAGCCCCAGACAGCCAGCCAGGCCCCGUCGAGGGAGAACUUCCGUUUUUUAAAGCCUACUUCCCUUGCUGUACUUGGUGUUCUGUGUCCAGAAGAAUUUUGGUUGGCUCUUCAGAAUCAGUUAACUCGAAGCAGCCCUUCACUUUCUGCUGAUAGCACAUUCCCACGUCCUAAAGCCAUCAUUGGGUCACAGACCCGAGACGGUCAAGGACACACACCUCUCCUUCUGCAGGUGGGCAGCUGCACAGUGCCCUUUGUUCCUUUUUCACAUGAAAAAUGUUUUUUCCUCCACUGCUGGAGGGAGCGUGUGUAAAUUGGUACUCUUGCCGAGGGCAGGUUGACAGGGUAGAUCAGGAGUUUUCGACGUUCUUACCUGUUAGCCCAGGAUUUUCACCUCUGGGAAUUUUGUCCCAAGGACAGUAGCAGGAGGCAUGUUUGGGAACUGGAAGAGUGAAUAUUAGUCCAGCAGAUGGUGGCUCAGUUAUUAACCACCCCGGAAUAGAUUGUUUUUGACAAACCCUUUGGGGGAUAUGUGCCUAUAUUGAUAAUAAUGAAUAUUUCUGUGUAGGGUAAAGACCACAAAUGUUGCUAUGUAGGGUAGCAGUUGUGGGUAAUUUUUCAUUAAUUGGAUUUUUUCUGAAUUUCUAAAUUUCCUAUAAAUGUCUUUAUUCCCAGAAAGAAGUUAUUAAAAGUAAUGUAUGGGGCUUCCCUGGUGGUGCAGUGGUUGAGAGUCCGCCUGCCAAUGCAGGGGACGCGGGUUCGUGCCCCGGUCCGGGAAGAUCCCACAUGCCGCGGAGCGGCUGGGCCCGUGAGCCAUGGCCGCUCUUCCUGCGCAUCCGGAGCCUGUGCUCCGCAACGGGAGAGGCCAUAACAGUGAGAGGCCCGCGUACCACAAAAAAAAAAAAAAAAAAAAGUAAUGUAUGAGUGAGAAAUUAAUGGUACCUUAAAGCAGGCAUCGUAAGUCAGUGGUGGGGAAGGAAGUGGUGGGACAUUAAAGUCGCUCUGGGGGCAGGGACUCCUUAGCACCUCCCAGCAACACCAGUGUCCGUGGUUAAUGGGGUCAGUAGUUUUGUUUUCAAAUUUAGAAGUAAAAAUAAGUCCCUUUUUAUCUAGACUUCAGACUGGCAAUAGAAUAAAUCACAAGGGAAAAGAUAGGUUGGCUGCGUAAAAAUUGAAUUACAUAUUCAAUAUGUCCAAAAAGCAAAGGCCACAGAAACCGGGAAAUAUGUUUCCAACCAAUACAAUAUGGGAUAAUAUAUUUUAGUAUGCUUAAUCCGAGUCCCAGCUGCCGCCUCUGUUUGAAUGGGAUGGUUUCACCUCCCUGGUGGAGUGUGUCCAGUUUUAAGUCCGAGAGGGUCUUGACGUGCAGAUAGCAGUGUUCUUUGUCCCACCUCCAGGAAUUUAGUCCACCAGCGACUGGUUUAACACAAACUUAGAAGUGGAAGGAGUUUACUAGGAGACGCUAGUCAUAGUGUGCUUGGGGCAAGUUCCUGGAAUGGAAAAGUGGAGGGAGAGAAAUUACUCCAGGUCCAAAGAUCCUCAGGGGUCAGGUGGCUGCCAAGUUUGGUAGAUGGGUUGCAACCUUGAGGAAGGUGAGUUGAGAGGCUGGUGGGCUCUUUGAGAUUCAGUGUAGUUUCACGUUACUGCAUGGAAAUGAAACUGGGUGAGAAAGCUGAUUUUCAGAGCCUGAGUUCAUGAAUGGGGGGCGGGGAGUGUUGCGGGGAGGAACCCAGCUCCCGUGAGGGAAGAGCAGUGCCGGUCCAGUUUCCCGGGGAGCCGGGUCAGACCGGAAGUUAAUCCACUGAAGCACUCAGCUCAGGAGGUUGGGAAGCAGUUGAAAAGCAAGUGGACGGAUCUCUUCUGCUACCAAAAUCACUAGGUGCUGAGGUUUUUGUUGUUGUUGUUUUAAUGGAGGCUUCCUCAUGCUGAUCUGAAAGACUCAAUGAAUAUUUUUGGAAAGGAUGAUGUGGUGGGUUUGGAGCAGCCCUGGAGAGAAACGAUUCAGACAAAGGCCCGGCAGACAGUUGUGGGUAUAGGGAAAGCUUUGGGUUGAAAGAAACGGACAGUCAUCAGUGUCUGAAAGGGGAAGAGCAAGGAGCUGGCCUGGUGUCGGGUGCUCUGCUUGAGGGCUUCAAACACAAAGUUAGUACCUUCCCCACCUUCACGGCCAACUAGUCCAGGUGAUGCAGACCGAUCACAGUGUGAACGGGUCACACACAGAGUCCCGGGGCCCCUGAGGUGCUACAGCAGCUGAGGGGGCAGGGCAGCCUUCACCUCUUCACAGCCCUGCUAUCUUCUCAUUACUCGUUUCUAAACCACCUCUCCCCACCAUGGUUCCAUUCAUCUUGGCAUUCACUGAGGAAAUACGAGAUUUUAAGGGGCCUGCAGAAAAUUGGAGUGGAGCCAGUGACCAAGUGGCCCAGCCAGGAAACAUUGUUUGGACUGAAGCUCAGUUCCCUGAAGGUCGAGAAAUCAACCUUCAGGGUUUCAGCAACAAAAUCCAAGCUUUGGAGCUCUAAGCGACAAGGUCUGAGAACUGGGAAGUUGCCCCAUACAUAAUAGGAAGUUGUUGCAGGUUCAUUUCUGUGCCAAGAUGCUAUUUGGAUUGUAGAAGGUAGACGAAGCACCUCCUGGUUAACGUACUGCCAUUCUCAACCGCAGUUCCCAACGUGACAAGCGCGUUCUUACUGCCCUGGCCAGUUUCUACCAGGGCAGUGGAUUAAAUGUCACAAAAGACGGCAAGGUGGAGAUUCCCAUAUGGGCAUCUGGGCACCUGCCAGAAACCCCCCCCUUGUAGAGUGACCAGACUAUUGUUUGAACAGCCUUGUAACUGGUUCCUCUACCUCUGCCCGCCUGUUCCCUUUUUUGCUUCCAGAGUGAUGUUUUCUAGAACAGAAUCUGUCAAGAUCUCUGAGAGAGACACAAGUGGUUCCCCUCUUAUCUCCAGCUCUUCAGCUUCCCCUAGGAGAGCCCCCUUGACUUGCCCCUUCCUCCCUCCCAGCUGGUUCCUGUCUCCUCUCAGCCACUCGUGUUGGCUCCAGCUUCAAAAUACAUCCAUAUUCCAGCUACUUCUCACACCGCUGCUGUAACCCUGCUAGUUCAUGCCCCCAUCAUCUCUGAAAUGAGCUGAGCUUCUUCUGUACUGUGUUCUCCAGAGAAACGGAACUAAUAAGAUGUGUCCAUAUACAUAGUGAGAGAUUCAUUAUAAGAAUGGGCUUGCAUGAUUAUGGAGGCCAAGUUCCCAUAUCUCCAGUCAGCCAACUGGAGACCCAGUGUUUCAGUUUGAGUCCAAAGGCAGCAAAAAACCAAGCUCAGAGGCAGUCAGGCAAGGAGUUCCUGCUUACUGAGCCUUUCUGUUCCAGUCUGGUCCUCCACUGAUUGGAUGAGGCCUACCCACUCACGCUGGGUAGGGCAGUCUGCUUUCCUCAGUCCACCAAUUCAAAUGUUCAUCUCACCCAGAAACAUCUUCACAGACACACCCAGAAUAGUACUUGACCAAAUUUCUAGGUACUCUGGCCCAGUCAAGUUGACACGUAAAAGUUAACCAUCUUCCAAACCAAGCUUCCUGUUGUCCUCUGCUUUAGUCUGUUCUCCACACAGCCACAGCAGCCAGGGUAACCUCUUAAGGUAUGAAGGCAGGGUUGGGUAAGCAAAGGCCCACAGGCCAAAUCCAGCCCACUGAAAGUUUCUGUACAGCCUACAAGCUAAGAAGAGCUUUUUCACAUUUUGAAAUGGCUGGAAAAAACCCAGUGACAAGUAAAAAUUACGUCAAAUUCAAGUUUUAGUGUCCAUAAAUUUUAUUGGAACAUAGCCACGCCCAUUUGUUUGAGCAGCAUCUAUGGCUGCUUUCACUCUGCACCCUCAGAGUUGAGUAGUUAGAAUGAAACCCAAUGGUCACAAAGCCUGAAAUAUUUACAAUCUGGCCCUUUAGGAAAAAGUUGGCUGACUCCUGUUUUUAGGCCCAAAACCCUCCAUUGGCUUUUCAUCCCACUCAAUAAGGGCUGUAAGAUCCUCACAGUAAGUUGAGGCUGGCCCUCGACCUCCUGACCUCGUCUCCUGAUGUCCCCUUGUCACAAGGCCUCCUACCUCUGAGCUUUCACAUGUGCUGUUCUCUCUGGACCACCCAUCCUUCCCCCCACCCCCAGUGUCUGCAGGGCUCAUAACACCUAUCACCACCAGCUCUAUCAACUCAUUGAGUUUCUGUCUCUCCCAAAUUGAAUGAGAACAGGACGGGAACUUGACUGUGGUAUCCCUAGAUUCUGGCAUAUGGUGUGAAUAAAUACUUGUUGAAUGAGUGAAUUGAAAAUAUAGACAUUAUUAUCUGAGAUGGGGAUACCUAUGGGAUUAUCUGGGCAACAGUGCUUUGCUUCCAGAUUAUGACCCUCCCCUGACCACAAUCCACCCCAGGCUGGACCAGCGAGCCCGCCACCUUCCGUGCCGGCAAAUCUGAGUUCUCCUUUACGAAGGCCUGGGAUUUGGGGGUGCAGGGAGCUAGCAGGCAGGACAGGUACACAGUGAUGGAGAAAGCGCUCUGGGUCCCUUCUGUUCCCUAAGUCCAUGCCCGAGAUCCUGCUGCACGAGUUACCCCAGGAAUCCUACUGCCACCUAAGCCGGUUUGAGUUGAGUUUGUCUGCAACCAAAACUCCUGCCUCAUGCAGCUCUGUCUCCCUCAUCAGAGCCCCUUGAGUUCCGAGGUCCAGAGUUCUUCAUCUUUGUACCUUUAGGGCCAAGCCCAGGCUUGGGGUGGCUCCUUGGAGACAUUGAUUUCUUCAGCUGCUGUGCUCCUUGGAAAACCCAUGGCGUCUGGAGCACUUUAGAUUUGACUGCCAUCUGGCCUUCUAGGCCUGGGACCAGCCCCUGCGCUGGCCACUGUCCACCCUAAGCUGACCCAGUGAGCCCUGGAGAGUCCCUGUCCACUCUGGAGGACUGGCUUACUUUGCAGACUCCCAUCCCAGCCGCCAGCUCCUGAGAGGCAGCCAGAAUCGGGCUGAACGUGAACUCCUCAAAGUUCUGUUCCCAUUUGAGAGGGGAAUUGUUGCAGGAAGGGGGACCCCUUCCAGGGCCCAAGAGUGGACUCUUGUCUAACAGUCAGAAAUGAACUGUCCGAGGAGGCACACGUGCUGACAAAGCAAGAGGCUUUAUUGGGAAGGGACGCCCAGGUGGAGGGCAGCAGGGUGAGGGAACCCAGAACUGCUCUGCCACGUGGCUCGCGGUCUCGGGUUUAAUGGUGAUGGGGUUAGUUUCCGGGUCGUCUCUGGCCAGUCAUUCUGACUCAUGGUCCUACCCGGUGGCACACGCGUCACUCAGCCAAGAUAGAUUCCAGCGAGAAGGAUUCUGGGAGGUUGGUAGGGACAUAUGGACCGGCGUCUCCUGACCUUUCCCGAAUUAUUCUGGUUGGUGGUAGCUUGUCAGUUCUGCAUUCCUCACCAGGAGGUCCUGUUGCCAGGCAACUCAUGCAAGUGGUUACUAUUGGGCCUUGCCAGGGAGGGCAGUUUGGGUCAUUGGUUCCCCUAACAGAAUGACGUCAUGGCUGUGGUGGCGCCCAAAGCGGCCGUUUCCCCUUCGGACAUUCAAAUCAACCCAUGGCAGCCUGUGAGCCCUCCCUUGGGUCAAAGAGGGUGUGUGGGGAGGAAGAAGGGAAGGGCAGGCAUUUGGGUUUGGUUCCCCUCUGCCUCUCCAGGGCUGGGCCUUUUAUUAGAAUAUCCCUGUUCUCUGUUUCAUGAGACCUUUGCUUUCACUUGAACAAAGUGUCCUGUGGGUAAAUUUGAAAACUGCUGCGCUGCCAGCUGGACUUGUGUUUGUCUGAGAGGAAGCCACAGGUUUUGCAGUCUGGCCCACCUGGGCCCUUCCCUGAGGCCCAGCUUACUAGGAGGCAUGAUGGCCACUUAGGAAGGCAGGCAUGAUUCUAUGGGACGCCACCCCCGUUUUCCUGCAGUUUUUUCCAUUUUCAGGGAAAUGGGCAUAGGGUCCUACAGGAAGUGGACAUCUUGUGAGGGAGGGGCCCCACGGGUCCCCAGCAAAUUACAAAGAUGAUUGGAUCUCAGCUACUCCUGGCCUGUCCUUGCCUAUCCACAUAUUUCCAGAAGUCCACAAGUGUUUUUUUGUUUGUAUGUUUUUUCUCGUUUUCCUCAAUAACUGACCAGCUUAUGUCUGGUGAAUACCACGAUGGAGCUAAGUUCUGCUGGCUUUGGCCACCUAAUGUUCUCUUUGUCUCUAUGGUAUUAAGUUUCAUAAGGACGGUUUCCCACCGCACUCCACAACCAGAAACGACUAAGGAGCAACAACCAGAUAGGCCUCUGCACAAGCAGAGCUGUACAGGCAGUGGUGAGGCCGUUGGGACUGGGUGCCCACCGUGAGGCUGUGACCGUCACCAUGUGGCAGCUGCGGCACUUUUGCCCAUCAGCUGACGGAAGCACGACCGCAUUUAGCGCACAAAUGAUCGUCUAGGAGGGUCCGAGUAUAAGGAGGUUGUGGACUGUUUGGAUAUCAAAUCCUUCGUCGUCCAGUUGGCGGCCCAAGGAGCCACGCCGUUCCCUUUAAGAUGGGGCUGCUCCAGCAGUAACAGGCUUUAGUUAAUGCCCAGGACCACAUUUUCCCAAAAGGCCCAUAAAUGGGCCUUUGUUCCCAGGCUAGCCCACCACUGGACUCUGGUAGAGAAAGGAACUUAACACCCAUUGGCUUUGCUGAUUGUAAUUCCUGCUCCACACCCCAGCUGCUCACUUCAGGUUAGAGGGUGGUGGGGAGCAUUGCAUCCCCUUGGACCAGUCAUCGCAGGCAGGCCCAGCCAGGAAAAGCUGGAAUUACUUGCAUAUUUAUUCAACAACCUUUUAUCUGAUUGAAUGCAGGCUCUGUAAUCAGACAGCCUGGGUUCAAACCCUGAUUCUGCCACUAACUAGCUGUGUGACCUUAGGCAAAUUACUUAAUCUCUCUGGGCCUUGGUUUUUCUCAUCUAUAAAAUGGGAAUACUAAUAGUACCUACCUCGUGGGGCAAUUGUGACGAUGAAACAAAUUAGCAUAUAUCAAGAGCCUAGGACACUCUGUGGCACAGAGAAGCACCUGAUAAAUGUUAGCAGUUUUUAUUCCUAUGUGCCAGGCUCUGUGCUUGGCCCAGGAGAUGCCACAGUGAACAAAACAGACAUGGUUUUCUCCUGGGGCUUCGGGGGAAAUAGACAUUUAUUAGAUAAUCCCAUGUACAUUGGAGAGGGGCGCAGGGUUCUGAGAUUGCAGAAUGGGGCAGGGUGGGCAGGACAGGCUUUUUCUGAGGAGGGGGCACAUGAACUGGGUCUGAAGAGUGGGGAGGGGUUACCCAGGUGAUGACCAGUAAAGACUGCUCCAGGCAGCAGGAACUGCACAUGCAAAGACCCUGUGUCAGGGGGAAACAUAAAAGGAGCUAGAAAAGAGCCGGAGCAGAGAACAAGGGGGCAUGUGAAUGAGAUGAGACCAGGGGUGAGGGGGGUGGUUAAGCAUUGCCAGCCAUGCUGGUGAUUUGAGUCUUUAUUCUAAAAACAAUGGGGAGCCAUUGAAACCUGCAUAGGGAGAGAGUUCCUGCACUUGGAGCAAAGAAGGGGCUUCUGCUCUUAUUCAUUGAGGAAUGGCAUCCUGAAACCUAUGGCAGGCUUUGCUCUUGAGUUUUAGGGUAAAUGGACUCAGGGAGUCAAAGAGGUGAGGCAGUUGGCCUCUGCGUAUAUUGGCAGCCCUACCUGUUUACUCUCAGGCCUUAACUGAGUCCUUCCAUUGUUUUGCACUAAGCAUUCAAAUCUCCAUUUUCCAGAUGAGCCAACCUCAGAGAGCUCAAGUGAAUUCCCUAAAGCCACACACAGAAAAUGUGAAGCAAGGACCCAAUUCUCCUGAUUCUUAGGGCUGUGUUUUCUACCUGGCUGCAUUCAGUGGCCCUACCUGGUAGCUUUGGGCCUGACCACUAACCUGAAGGCCCCAAGAGGACAAGGACAGUGUGUGUCCUGCUUGUGGCUUAUCCCAGUGCCCGGCGCUUGUCAGGGCUCAAUAAAUGUGCCCUGCACUGAGAAAGCCAGCAGUGUAGUCUUAAGGGGACCAGUGUUUCUUUCUGCCCAUCAGUGGGGACCAGGUGGGUCCCUUUUCCAAUCUGGUUCUCCUCAUAGCCAGUGACUCCCAUUUUUCUAGGCCAGGGGUCAGCAAACUGCAGCCUGUGGGACAAAUUCACCUGUUUUUGUAAAUGAAUUCCACCUGGUUUUGUAAAUAAAAUUUUGUUGGGACACAGCCAUGCUCAUUCAUUUACAUAUGGACCACAGCUGUUUCCAUGUUACAACUGCAGACUUGAAUAGUUAUUGACAGAGCCACAAAACUGAAAAGAUUUGCUCUCUGGCCCUUUACAGAAAAAGCUCCCUGAUUCUAUUCUAGGGAAUGCAUUGUUCUCUUGAGAGUUUAGUCUGUGAUAUGAGCAGGUUCCUAAACCCCUCCAGAGAAUCUUCCACGGAGAUCUUCCGUAGUCAGGCUGAGGAGCAUUUGGAGAAGUGAUAUCGUUGGUCCCAUCGCUGUGGCCGGGGGGCAUUGGGAAACCAUGGCUGGCAGCCCCGAAAAACACAAGCUUAGGGGGUGGGAGGAGCUGUCCCCCAAAGACCCCAUAAGGAUAGAAACAGACAAAAGCAGCAGAUUGUCUAGCCAUCCUGAAAUGUAGGGUGUCUGUAAAGUCCUUGUAGAAUUUAAAAUCUGUUUCCUGAUAAUAAAGCUGACAUAUACAUCAUUAUAUACAUUUUUCUAUUUAAAAUUAUAGAAAAGGAAAAUAGGAAGGGCCACUGUCAUGCUUACAGGGCACUGUAAGCUUUGUUUUCAGUCCAUCCUCUAAGCACCCACACCCCUGAAAGUAUGCUGUUUACAUUCUUAUACCCCUGCUUUUACACCUAACAAGGGGUGAGUUUACAGGCAUUCAGCAUAGAGGGGACUUUAACACCUGCGUCUUAUCCCAUUAGGGGACAGGUUUCCAUUGCAUGGGACGUGAAUGUUUCUUCCCAGUGUUUCUUAGGUGAAAUACCAUUGCUUCAAUCUUUGAGGGCAUUCUGGAGUACUUUUCUGGGUUCCGUUUGUGGAAGUGGAAACCUGCUCACUUUGAAUGCUUGCAUCUUACAGGUGUUUAUGUGCCACGAGGUGUGCUGUACUUUUAUGGUCUUCGCACAGGCACCAAGAACCAGUAUCCUCUUAGCAAUAUUUCCUCCUCUGCAAGGCAGAUUUAGCGGCACAAGUCUUCCCUUGACAUAGCUUUACCUGCUGCUAAGUUAUUGCCUUCCCCCUUACAUAGAGCACUUGCUGGUAUAGAGAAGAUGCACCAGCACUCAAAUACUCAGCCAGCACGAUCCCAGGCCAGGGGUGGAGGUUGGGGGCUUUUUUCUGUCUCCCUGGACUCUGCGGCUGACUCUGUGUGACCUUGAGAAAGGCACAGCCUUGCUCUGAGUCUCAGCAUCCCCACCUCCAAAGGCUGCUGUGAGCCUACAAGAGGAUAGAUGCACAGCGUCUGGCGCAGAGCAGAGGCCAAGGAAAUGUUAAGCGUUUGUAUUACGAGGCUUUGCAGGUGAGGAAACUGAGGCUCCAGAGAAGUGACUUGCCUAGGUCACGCAGCUUGUAAAACGCCAGUUACGAGGCCCCUGAUCUUGAGAGUGGUCCCUUCCAGGGCACUGCUCCUGGCUGGUUCUCAAAGCUCACAGGGGCAUAAGGGACUGGGGGCUGGACAGUGGCAGAAUUAACUUUUCCCCAGGCUGUGCCCAGAUCUUCUGAGAAGCAGCUUGUAGCUGCAUGGGGGUCAGGGAGGAAAGGAGGCGUCUGGGAGAUGCGGGGCUCUGCAUCUGCUUGCUCUAGACCCCCUGGCCAGUACCCCACCCCAGUGCCACAGGUGAAGCUAACAGCCUCUGAUACCCCAUUCAGAAAAGAACAGAUGAUCAGGUCCCCUGGCCCUGUGGCCUGGGAGGGGCUGGUCCCUGCUCUAGGACAACCAACUCAUCCCACUUUGCCUGGAGCUGACCUAGUUUUAGUACUGGAAGUCCCGUAUCCCAGGAGCCCACUCAGUCCCGGGCAGGCCGGGAUGGUCAGUCACGCUCUGUGUAGACUGUCAGCCCAGACAGUCUGGGUCUUGCCUGCUGCAAAGUCAUGGAUGUUCCCCUCUCCACCUUGACAGGUGGGCGAUUGGCCCGCUGGAAGUUCCUGUCAGAGCCACCCUCGUGCCCCUCUGACUUGGCCAUCAGCAUCCUCCCCAGUUCUUGGAGGACCUUCCAUCUUUGGAGGUUUCCUAUUUUAUAGAUAGAGAACUGGGACCUGGAUGGGGGGAAGUCACCCCAGGGUCACACAGGUCCCUGACUCCUGGUCCGCUCACUCUCCUUGACCGCUGCAUCUUAGGGAUCUUGCCAUCGGCUUCACACCUGUGGGUCUGGUGAUGGGCUGUUGUUCAGGAUGCGCUGGGAUUCGGGGUGGACAUCCGGGGCAGAUCCUAGCAGAGAGACUGUCCCGCCCCCAAAGUGCUUGUGAACCCAGGCUAGAAGAGACGUACCUGGAAUGCUUAUGGUCGGGGAGUGGCCUUCCUCUCCUGGGUAAGGCUUUCAGAGUUUCUCAGCCCCUGCCCCGGAGGGCUGGCUACUCCCCCACCUGCUGGGGAGGAGCGGGAAGCUCUGAGUGUCUCCCUUCCUCUUUGGGGACUUCAGUUUCCCUGUCUGUACAGACUGAGUUUUGGGCCCCUUCCAGCUGUAGCUUCCUAAAGUGAUCAAGGUUCUGUCAUGUGAACAACCCACUGGGGCUCUGAUUUUCAGUUUAAAACAACCUGUGUGCAAGGCAGGAUGUGAACCUCUCUCUGCAUGUGUCCUGAGCCCCACCUUGUACAAAGCCACUGGCCAGACCCUGGGAGACAGCCCUUCCUCCUUGGCUUCCUUGAGAGUCUGUGCGUUCUCAGGCCUCCCGGCCAUGGCUCCUGCUCUACGCUCUCCUUGGGCUGCUGCUUUCCCCCUGGGCUGCCCGCCCAGCCCACCCCUACUUGUCAUCUCAAGGGCCACUUCUCCUUGGAAGAGUCUCCUGACAACUCCCCCCCGACCCAGGGUGGGUUAGGGGCCCCUCCCUGGCUCACCCCGGGGUGACGUGACCACACUGUGUCCUAUCGGUCUGUUUACCUGUUUACUUGCUGGCUUCCCCACCAUCCUCCUUUGCAUCUGGUCACUCCCUCCCUUCCAGGAUGGGUGCCCUCUCACCUCCACACUCCAUCCCCGUGGAGUAGUGCUGUGGCAUUUCUCAGCUUGGGCCGACCCCUCCCCCACCAACUACCCCUCCCCCGCAAGUUUCCAUGUGGUUCUAGGUGUUUUCAUGGUUACAGGAACCCAAGAGUGGCCUCGGGCUCAGCAGGGCCCUUUCUCCUACUACACACCCAAGCUUGAUCAACGUCCCCAAAGCUGCAACAAACAAGGAGGUGUGGGCCGUCACGUGGCCUUGAGUAACCACACUUUUGCUUCCUUCUUUUACACACGGCCGUUGGGGGUUGGAGCGGUCUGAGACCACAGCAGAGGUGCCACAGCCGUGCUUGGCAGCACAGGCUGGGUCCUUGUUACUAAAGCAGAGAAGCCGCUUCUCCUGGGCCCACGAGGCAGCCAUCUCAUGCUCUGCUGAGCACGGUGCCAUGUUUCUGAAACUCCUAUUGCUCCUGGCCCUGCUGGGCCCUGGAAGCAGCCUCCAGCUGUGGGAGACCUGGGAGGAUGGAACCAAGGAGGCCCCAGGCCCCCUGCUUGUCCGUGGCCGGAGAGAAGUGGAUGAGGACGACUCCGACAUAUAUGACUAUGACAUACAGACGGACCCUCCAGAAAUGCUUAAUAGCACCGAGGCCCCCAAGCUUCUGCCUGUGAUGGGAACAUUGGAGCAGAGAGAGUCUGCAAGGCCUUUAACACCUGAGCCAACCACUCUGGAGGUGGCCACAAGGGACCCUGCUGUCCUGGAUGCAGGAGGGGCAGCCACUGGGAAUGUGAGCAUGGAGCCGGUCAUACUGGUCACUCUGACCAAAGAACCAGUCACUGUAAUCCCUCCCAUCAUGGAGGUUCCAUCCACAGAAUCAGCUGCAGUGGAGGCCCUGUCCACAGGGCCAGCAGGCAGAGCGGCACUGGCCACAGAACCUGCAGCCACAGAGGCUCUGUCCACAGAGACCCUGCCCAUGGAGCCAGCAAGCACAAUGGCACUGGCCACAGAACGCACAGCCACGGAGUCCCUGUCCACAGGGGCCCUGUCCACAGAACCCACUGCCGCGGAGACCCUGUCCACAGAACCCACUGCCACGGAGACCCUGUCCCCAGAGGCCCUGUCCACAGAACCCACUGCCGCGGAGACCCUGUCCACAGAACCCACUGCCGCGGAGACCCUGUCCGCAGAGGCCCUGUCCACAGGAUCCACUGUCACAGAGGCCCUGUUCAUGGGACCCACAGUCAUAGAGGCUCUGUCCACGGAACUGGCCACCACAGCAGUUCUUUCCAUGGAGCCCACUACCACAGGGGCCCUGCCCACAGAUCCAGCCACUGUGAAGACCCUGCCCACAAGACCUGCUACCACAAGGGGCCUAACCACAGCCCUCGCUGUGCCCUCUGACCCUCCCAAGAGCACCAUUGUGGCAGUUGGCAAUUCAUCUGAUAACUUGAUCUACAAAUGGAAAAAUGGUCAGAGUCUUUUCCCCCGGAGCUCUGUGACCCCAAGCUCCACAGAGGGCCUGCUUGACCCCAGCUCGGUGAAGCAGUGUCUGCUGGCCAUCCUCAUCCUGGCCCUGGUGGCCACCAUCUUCCUCAUAUGCACCGUGGUGCUGGCCAUCCGCCUGUCCCGCAAGAACCAUCUGUACCCCGUGCGCAAUUACUCCCCCACCGAGAUGGUCUGCAUCUCAUCCCUGCUGCCCGAGGGGGGUGAGGGGCCAGCUGCCAUGGCCAACGGGGGCCUGCCCAAGGCCAAGAGCCAGGGCCUGAAGGCGGGGUCUGGGGAGGACCGCGAGGGGGAUGACCUCACCCUGCACAGCUUCCUCCCUUAGCUCCCGGCCGGGCUGCCUGAGCAGGACCAGCCCCCAGGCGGCCUCACUGGGCCGCCACCCAUACCCAGGCUCUAUGCCAUGGGUCCGGGCUUCCUUGGAGCCGCCUGGGGAUGGGAAUGUUUAGGGUGGGAACCCUGGCCGCCCUACACGGGACUGAGAACAGUCAAGGUCCAGGCACCAGACCAGGCCUGGCAAACGGAGCCUCCAGUGGAGGCUGGAGAGGCCGCCUCCACCUCCCUGCCUCUCAUGUGUUCUUUUUUUUUUUUUUCUCCCAUGUGUUCUUGACCCCCUCUAAUGCCUCCCACGGCUGCUGGAAUCUCAUCCCCAUGUGCCCAGGAGGACUCAGCGUUCCCUGCCCACACCCCCGCUGCCACUUUCUUCUGGUGGCCAUGGUCACUGCACAGGAAGGGGGCACUUUUGGGGGGGUUACACCAUUCCUGAGUUCAUUUCCUGUCACUCCCGGUUUGGGGUAUCUCUCCCAGGAGCCCAGGGUGAGGGCUGGGCAUGUGACGGCUGGACAGGCUUGGAAAGCCCAAGGCUGCAGGCUUCUCUGGGACUUUGUGGACCAAUGAGCUUCCAUCUGGUGACAGAGUGACCCCCGUCCCGCCCUCCCUCGCCUCCCCCUGUGGCCUUGUUUCAGGGUGGGCUCUGCCUUCUUCCCCGAAGUCUCCCAGGGCCCAGCUCAGGGGCCCGGGAGAGCACAGACACUCAGUAAAUGUUUGGUAAACAAGCGAUGGCUGAACGAACUCUUCAAGGUACCAAGGUGCCUCCUUCAGGUGGGGAGUUGGUCCUUUGCUGUUCACGCCCGGCCCCAGGCCCCUCAGGAAGACCCCAGCACGGGCUGUUGCGGUUACUUCAGGGGGCAUCUUGCUGUUCCCUUGGGCAGCUGGGAGGCGGGGUUCAGGCUGUUGGAGGACAGAGGGUGCUGGCCUCAGGAACCACUUUUUUCAGCACCUCCCGUGACCCAGUUCAAGCCUACGGAAUUUGGUUCCCCCGCCAAAUCUCAGCCAGAUACCCCUCUAAACAUCAACGCCAUCCUCCCCAGAAGCCCACCCUGACCCCUCUGUUCCACAUGGGGCCCAUCUCCCGUUAACACCCAGCGGCCCCUCCUCACAGGGGGAGCCUGGCUACAUCCUACAAGGCCUUCCUACAACUGACCACCUGUCACGUAGAGUUGGGGGCCAGUAAACUUUUUCUUAAAGGGCCAGACCAUAAAUAUCUCGGGUUUGGCAGGCUUCUCGACUCUGUCAUCAUGGCGUGAAUGCAGCGAUUGACUCUGUGUCAUAAAUGAAUGAGUUUGGCUGAAUUCUAUUGAAACUUUGUUUACAAACAGGCAGCUGGCUGGGUUAGGCUCUAAAAGUUAGCUUGUCCCCGACUUAAGUGUAGAGUGACCAGAUGUCCCGGUUUGUUUGAGACUGCCCUGAUUUUAGCACUGAAAGUCCUAUAUCAUGGGAUAUAAGACUUUCAGCUCCAGCAAUCAGGACAGUGGGUGGCCCUAUUUAAGCACUGAAACCCACGUGGACCCUGAGGGUCAGAUCAGGAAGCCAAAGGCUUAAGAGAAGUGAAGAGCCUGGCUUACUUCCUGACCAUGGUUGAGCUGGGAUUCAAACUCUUGAUUUUUCCUUCCCAGUGCCUUUUAGUCAUUUUUGUACAGGGAGAAGGACAAUACACACACACACACACACACACACACACACACACACAUUUCUACCUUCUAAAACAUUCAUCUCAGGGGACUUUUUCUCUUCUAGAAAAAUACCUCCAGGGGCCUCUUUGGGAAUGCAGGACUCCUCCACUCCAGGGCAUAACCUGUAGAGAGAGAGUUCAGAGACAAUGUUGAAUCUGAGGGGUAUUGGCUGCAGCUUGGAGAGGCGGGUUGGGGGAACAGGAGAGACUGUUCCCUUGGAAAGGCAGGAGGAACACGAAAGGCAGCAGGGCCGUGGGGGACAGAAUCAGGGAUAAGCAGAGAACUGUCUGCUUCUACCCUCCCCCACCCCACCCCGAACCUCUAGAACAAGUGUGAUGCACAGGAAGUUGUGUUCAAGGUGCUUCGGCAGGGGCGCUGGUGGAGAGGGUUAUCUGCCGUGGGCGGGAACAACUGACCCUGCAGGAGGCCGGUUCCUAAGGGAACAACAGGAGUUCACUUCGCCUUUGGCAGUGAUCAGAAAAGUCGGGGGGAGCUCCACAUCACGGCGGUGGGGACCCAGAGGCUGAAGGACUUGGGGGCACAUUUGGGCAGUCCCUCUGGGGUCUUGCUUCCCCGUCCAUCUGGGCAGGGAGCAGGUCUCUGCGUUCCCCUGAGGGCUCCCGGAGCGCCUCUGCUCCAGGACGUUGGUUCUCUAUCUCUACUGGAAGAGGACCACCCCUCUGCCGCCUUCUCUUCAAGGUGCAGGAUUUGUCAGCAGCAGGGAUGGUGGGUGCUUGAAGGAGCCACCAGGGGGCGCCCGCCACCAGCUCUUGGAGCCAACGGCAGCCUGGAGCUCCCUUGGUCCAGUCUCUGAGGAUGAAGGAGGGAUGGUUCAAACAGGACCCAGCUCCAAACCCAGUGGGGUGCUGGUAUACAUUUAACAACUGGCUCGUUGGGUGGAUUGGUGCCCAAGGUACGAUUUGCAGUGCUUGCUAAUUUCCUUGCUGUAAAUGUUCCCAUGGCUGAUUUUGAGAAACCAACCAUUUAUAUGGUAGAUGAUACAAAAAGGUAAAUAAUGCCAACAGGGUAGGUAAUAGUAGGAUGUAGUAAAAUCAUGAGGCAGUGAUGAGUUUUGAGUAUUGAGGACCUUGGUUUUUAAUAUAAUGUAAUUUAACUGUGAAACAACUGACUCACAAAAUUCUGAAAAUUUGACAGCUGGCUCUCAGAAACUGGUACAGGCUGGCUCCUGCAUCUCAGUGUGUCUUUUCCCUUGUCCAGACCUCCCCUUGCCCUUGAACAUCACCCCCUGAAUCUCCCCAUCCGUCCACUGAGCAUGAGAAUCUGCCUCAUCUCCAUGGAUCCCCUCAAACAGCCUAGGAAGGAGGAACUAGGAUUCUCCCCAUUUUACAGAAGAGGAAACUGAGGCUCAGAGAGGUGAAGUCACCUGUCCCAGGUCUUACAUGAGGAUCUGAGAUUGGAACCCAGACCUGGAUUAGAAAGCCACGUUCUUACCACUAAGUUACGCUAUCCUUGAGAUCACAGCGGGGUUCUGGGGGAAUCCCAUGCCCCAAACUCCCACCCCUGAAGACCUGUCCUGGCAUCUGGAAGUCCCCCGUCAGUCACCCUUUGUGGCUUCUGGUAGCUGAGGGAAGGCAUUGGGACUUGGGAGAGUGACAAGGCCGAACCCAGCUUGCAGAAAGCAAUGACACAGCAGAGCUGGAACCCAGGACAGAGAGAGAUGGCUGGGACAGGAGCUGGAAUUUGCUGGGCACUCAGUCCAUGCCCAGCCCCACGCCAAAUGCUUUAUCUGCCUGAUCGUAUUCAGGCCUCACGACAACCUGUGACGUUGGGACAAUUAUUAUCCCACUUUACUGCUAUGGAAGCUGAGGUCCAGAAAGCUGGACCGCUGGCUCUAGCAGGUCGCACUGCUAAGAAACCAGACUCUGCUGACUUCAGCUCUGGCGCAGGGAAGGAAGGAGGGUAGACAGGAAAUGGGGGUCAGGAGGUGGCAUGCUAAGUUUACUCCAGUCCCUUGUCCCUUUGGAGGGGGGGCUGCCAGCCCUGCGGGUGGUUCAUCUGGCAGCUGAUCUGGGCAAAGGCUCCCCAAACCCUCCCUCCAUAUCCCACCCCCACCUGCCACUGAGCCAAGCCUUCCCCGAUGCCUGGGAUGGGGUAAUUGCUGCAUAAGCCAUAGCUGUUAGGAUCAUAAAAUGCAGAAAAAAGACUGGAAGGAAGUACACCAAGUUAUUGAGAGGUUAGCCAUCGAGUGUGGGAUUGUAGGCGAAUUUUAUUUGCUUCUUUCGACUUUUCUGUGUUUCCCUAAUAUUUUUCAAUGUACGGAACAAAACCAUAAGUGUUUAGGAAGUCUGAGGGUCCCAGGUCUCCCCAGCUAGUGAGUAAAGCCAUUGUUCUUUAGCUAUUAGUGCCCACACAGGAAGGCUCUGAGCUCGUGGUCCUCCCCUGGGGGCGACAUUGCCACCCCAGGGGACAUCUGGCAAUGUCUGGAAAUACUUUUGAUUGUCGCUACUGGGAGGACCAUUACUAGCAUCUAGCAGGUGGUCAGGGACCCUGCUAAACAUCCUGCAGUGCACAGGACAGCCCCACACAGCAAAGAAGUGUCUUGUCCGAAUGUCAGUGGUGCUGAGGUAGAGAAACCUCGCUUUUCCCACUCGGCAGUGAGAGCCCCACGGAGCUCCCCUUCUCAGAAGUUUUUGGAAACCCAGAGGGGCCUCUGUGUGGCCAUGAACUUAGUUGUUCCUUUUGGUGGCUGGAAGGCUGUAGCCCUAGCUACCCAGGCUCUUGCCACUUGGGGGCCCGGCAGAGCCAGUGCCCCAUGCCUGAGGCUGG